AACAGAAGCCCCGUUGGUCACCAUCUGGUUUGCUAUCGUGCAAAACACAAACAAACCGAACUACCAUAUUCUUUGAAUUGACUCUUUUUCUUUGCUGGAUGCAUGAUAUUGAACCGAAUUUGAGGUGCGAUAAUUCACGGGAUCGUGCGAUUCCAGGCUGAAAGCAUCAUGCGAAACAACACUCCCGAUCUUAACCCUGAAAAAAUUUUGAAUCCUUUAUACGCCAUGGAGCGGAAACGUUAUAUUUUGCUUCUGGAAAGAUUCGAGCAGUAUUCCAUUAAACCACAUUUGGAAGCUCUAAAGGAUCAUGAAAAAGAGUUGGAUAGGUUGAAACUCAAAAAAGAUCGCCGAAACGUGCUCCCGCAAAGGAUGGAAGCCAGUCGAGUCUUGCAGCAAAUUCGCGUGGAUCUUGUUGAUCUGAACAGAAUUCGAGAACAGGCGCAGUGCCCGGAAGAUGUACGACAUUUCGACGAGAACGGCGAGCGGCUGCGUGUUCAGCUCCUUCGUACAGUGGCGUCCAUCCUGGAAAAGCAUCCCGAAGUGAAGCGGCCUAUUCAGGCGCAAGAUGAUGUUUUGUUGAAUGAAGAAGAGAAAGCUCAAGGUUACGCUCUGGCUUCCGAUGAGCUGGAACGAGAAAAAGAUCGCAUUGCUGAUCAGGAGGACCUUUUAUUGCGGGUGGAAACUGUUCAUAACGAAGUGGAACAAGUUGCUGGGAUGAUGGACCAGUUCUGGACCAUUCUCGAGGCUCAAGGAAAAACCGUUGAUUCCAUAGACAAAAAUAUUGCCGAAGCGGACAUUGCAGUGGUCGAUGCGAAUUAUGAUUUAUCUUUGGCUGCGAAAUAUAAAGCGCAGAUGUAUCCCGUGGCUGGAGCUGUUAUUGGAGGGAUUAUUGGAGGUCCCGUGGGUUUGUUAACCGGCAUCAAAUUUGCUAUGGCGGCAACUGCCGCGGCUGGAGUUUUUAUCGGAUACAAAGGUGGAAAUGUGUGGCGCAGAAGAACGUUAUUGCAACUGCCUUUCGAAUCAAAACCCAGAGACGCAAGCGAUAUUCCGCAAGUGGACGAAACGAAUAUUGCUUCCGGAUAAAGCAUCUAUCUCCAAGCUUUCCACUGGAAAGAAAGUCGCAGUUGUUGUUACUUUUCGUUCUGUGAUUUUAUUACGCCAGUGCCGUCAUCACAGCGCCUCCGACAUCCAUGAUCUGCAGAAACUCAUCGGCGCCAUCCAUCAGUCGGUGAUCGGCAAUGGCUAUUCGCUCAAUGAUAGACGCCUUUUGGUCGCCACUCAGAUUGUCGUUUUCCAGAAUCUGCUUCUCAAGUUGAGAAAAUAGCUGUCCAGCUCCAUAUCCAGCAUAGAUUAACUGCUGAACGAACGCUUGAACGUGGUCGUAGUUUCCAAGUUUGCAAGUGUCUACUAGGGUGAUAAUCUCUUCGUCCGGAAUGUACUGCAAUCGACGAAAUUUGAGUCAGAUUGUCUUCCACUGGAUACCAGGAAUAUCAAAUCGGUAUUCGUGGGUCUUUCGUCAAUUUUUGGCGCUAGCUAUAAUAUGUGUACAUACCCCAGUUAAUUCCAAAACAUCAUCCUUAGUGAUCUGUUCGUCCUUCAUGAGCCGAGAUAUGCUUUGAAGAAGAGUAACAGCUCUUCUCAAGUCUCCAUCUGCCGCCCCGAUCAGAGCAUCCAGUGCCUAAAAACAUUACAGUAUAU